AUGUCUUCUUCCAACUCCAACGUCCAAAGCGAAAGCACGACCCAGCCCUGGUGGGACGAUGGACACGAAAAACACUUCGUCCCCUUGGCACCAGCCGUGCCCAUAGACCCUACAGUUAACACCUGGUCACGCUUCGGUCCGACCUUUGAAGCAUACGAAUACUCCGGCUGGAUAGACGAGAGCGUGUCUUGGAAAACGGAUUGCUACAUAGGAGAUUGGUCGCCGCUUCUCAAAGCCCGCGUCAAGGGCCCGGAGGCCCAGGCCUUCUUCGAGUUCCUCUCCACCAACCGCUGGCCCAACUUCAAGCCCGGCCAGGCCAAGCACGCCAUCUUCUGCCAGGACAACGGCUGCGUGGUCGGCGAAGGCCUCGUCCUGAUGCUCGACAAGGAUGACUUCAUCUUUACCAGCGGACCGGGCACGGUCUGGCUGGCGUACCAGCACCGGUUCGGCAGGAGGAAGUUUGACGCCACGCUGGAACUCGUCACCAAUGACUGGUUUCUCCUGCAGGUUCAGGGUCCGCGCAGCGCGAAGCUGCUCGACGAGAUCACGGACGAGGGCGUCAGGGACAUCAAGUUCAUGCACUACAAGGAGCUCACCAUACGCGGCAUCAAGUUCUUGUGCUUGAGACAGGGCGUGUCGGGCGAGCUGGGGUUCGAGCUCUGGGGCCCUGCGAAGGACGCGAGGAAGAUUUAUACGUCCGUUGUGGAAGCCGGCAAGGCGCAUAACAUUCGUCAACUCGGCGCCCGGACGAAGAUGGUCAAUCAUGUCGAAGCGGCUUUCGCGACACCCACUGCGGAUUUCAUCCCAGCCGUCCACGCGCCGGCGGACAACGCAGAGCUCGUCGACUUCCGAAAGUUCGCGAAGUCGAUCGGGUACGACUUCGACCUAUAUGCCUCCAAAGCUAGCGGCAGCUACGGGACCGACCCUGUAUUGUACCACAACACGCCCUUCGACCUGAACUGGGGCUGGCUCGUGAACCUCGACCACGAGUUUAUUGGGCGCGAGGCACUCUUCAAGCUGAAAGAUAACCCGCCGCGAAAGCUGGUGACGCUCGUCUGGGACAAGGAUGACGUCGCAGACGUGUUCGCGUCGUUGUUCCGUCCAGAGCCGUACGAGUACAUGGAGAUGCCGCGGGACCUUCUUGGUAACGUCAACGGGAGCGCCGUCUCGGUAGGGGGGAAGACUGUUGGAGUUGCUGUUUCGAGAUGCUACAGCUACUGGUUCAAGGAGAUGAUUUCCUUGGGCAUCGUCCUCCAAGAGCAUGCUUCGCCGGGAACGGUGGUUGAAGUGACAUGGGGUAGUCAGGGUUCGAAGCAGAAAAUCAUCAAGGCUAUCGUACAGCCGGCCCCGUAUAAGGAAGACAAGAGACGCUACAGCAUCCUCUGA